UUUCAGUGAAAAAUAAAUGCCAUGCAAAAAGUGCUAUUGUUAGGAAUGUAAAUGUUCCUUUCUUGUUUUUUUUUCCUUUUACAUCAUAAAAUGAGAGGAAUUAUAGCACCAUCUAGUGUCAACAUUGUGUUGCUGCAAUGAUGUGUUAAUGUUUACUUCCUCUUUGGUUCUUCCUGUGGCUAACAGUUAGCCGGCAAGCAAGAGCAACUCACCUCCCAGCAAUCGACGCUAGCCUGCUCAGCUAGUUAGCCGCUAACGCACAGUAGCGACAGUCGCCGGGGCAACCAUGAACAUCCUUCCGAAGAAGAGCUGGCACGUCCGCAACAAAGACAACGUCGCGCGCGUGCGGAGGGACGAAGCUCAAGCUGCUGAGGAGGAGCGCGAGGCCAAGCGUCGCGUGGAGCGUGCAGAGCAAGAGGCACGUACGGAGUAUCUGAGAAGAAAAGCCCGAGCUGCUCUCCAGUCAGCAGGAGGAAGCAGGAAUGAUGAAGAUGAUGAACGGAGCGGAGGGAGUGGAGCUCUGGAGCAUCUCAAUCUUUUUCCUCUGGAAGACUCUUCAGAGAAGAAGGGCAACGAGGAGUAUCUCAAAGAAAAGAAAGAUGAAAAGGAGAAACAGGAACGUGCCAUCGGCUUACUGGUGUCUCUGGGACCCCAACCGGGGACUGAGGUCACUCCGUGGUACAUGAAAACCAGCAAAGAAAAAGAAGAGAGGAAAGAAACAGAAAAGAGGAAGGGAGUAAGCGAAGAGGAGAAAGAGAAGAAGGAUCGUAGAUUGAAGGAUAGUUUGGACCCUUUGAAAGAUAUGAAGAAAGCUCUGGCUGUGAAGGAGCACAAGAGCAAGAAAAAGGAAAAAAGACACAGAGGAGAAAAGAGGAGCAAUGGAGAGAGCUCCAUUGAAAGGUUGCGUGCUGAGCGUUUACAGCGGGAGGCUGAAGAAAGGAGGAGAACCCAGGCUCUUCUGGAUCAGAAGAGCGGCAAAGGGAAGGAGCCGGGCAGGGAGGUGCAGGAGAGGGAAAGGCCAUACAACAGCGCCUACUUCCCAGAACUCGCCCGAAAGCGCCAAAGGCGGGAUCGAGACAGCUGGAGAGAUGAAAUUUUAAAAUCUUGAACUGUGUUUCUUUGUCGCCGCUGAACUCUGAACUCAUGAGACGGUGAGAAGUGUGAUGUGUGGUGGAAAGUUUAUCUGCAAAUAUUGAAAGAAAAUGUAAAAGCCCACAGAAAAGAAGGUGACGAACGUGGUUGUAACCUGGUCAUGGUAUAGUCAGGACGUCGACGAUGAGGCAGAUCAUCAGUUUUUAUUUAUUUUUAUGCCUCCAUAAAGAAGAUCACUGUCUGUCCUCUCUGUCCACUGAAAGGUCAGAGGUCAGGUUCUCCCCCUGCAACGUUUCACACAUGAGCACAUCAGCAGGGCAGAUGGUUGCCAUCACAGGAGGGUUUGAGCCCAGACUGUCAGCAAGUAAACACUCAGUGAAAAGAUGUCAGCGUGAUAUGAAUAAUUGUGAAAAAAAUCAAAGAGAUUUGAAGUUAAGUAGGAAAUAAGCUCCGUCUUAUCGAACAGAAAGUGUUUCAGUAAAUAUAUAACAUGCAUGUUGCUGUAAAAGUUGAUAGUAUUAAAGGUAAACCAUUUAUAUUUUUUCUGAAAGAAUAUUCUGAUAAAGUCAUUUGUGAAUUUUUAUUUCAUAAAAUUCUUGUUGUCUAAGUAAAAUAAUAAACCUGAUCAAUGUGAACUAA